AUGUACCUUUUCAACAAUGAAACAGGAUCUGACAUAAGAGUUGGGAGUUAUAAGAACACAGCUUUGGCUGAUUUAGUUUGUAACGCCCCAGAUGAAGCAAAGGCGAAACCCGGGUCGGGCAUCUACACACGCUUUUUACCUAUUGAUGUUUGUUAUUAUUAUGACAACAGCAGCAGCGUUUAUAAUGUGUCUUGUGAUGAUGUCGGAACAGCUUUCCCAUCGUUUACUCUGGUCAUGGACACAACUGCUUCUAUGGAAUACUUUCUAUAUAAUUUUAACGACGUUGCCAGGAAUCUUGUCUCUCGUCUCAAUGCAACAUCUGUCAAUGUGACACGACAAUACACACUGAUGGAAUUUAAUGACCCAAGUGUUGGUCCCCUUCGCGUUACCUGCUCCCCUACAGAAUUUCUCAAUGCCAUUUAUAACCUCCAUGCCUAUGAUGGGGGUGAUUGUUCAGAAUAUGCAAUGACGGGGUUACUGAAAGCUCUAGAAGUCAGCCCAUUGGGCUCAUUGGUUGUGUUGGUAACAGAUGCAUCAGCCAAGGACAGCGGUCACACGGAUACGGUCAACCAGAUAUUUUCUUUAUUACGUUCUUUGCAAGUUAAGGUCUUCAUUAUUGGCAGCCAUCCUUGUGGAAGUAUGUCUAGUUAUGACUUCCAGAUUUAUAAAGAUAUUGCUGCCUUCAGUUAUGGCCAUGUUUUUCAAACUUCCUAUAUAGGCCCUCAAACAGCAGAACUGCUGAAUUUCUUUCUGAAACUUCCAGUCGACAGUACAAGUCGCCUGUUUUCUGUGGAUAAAGACACGUAUUAUGGUGCUAAUUUUUCAGUGCCAUCAAACCUUACUGCACUCAUCAUAUCGCAAUCAGGUUCAAUUUACUCAAUGCGUCUUAAUAAUCCAUCUGGUGCUGUACAAAAUCUCACAACCAUCAUGUCAGAAUCUUGGGGCUCUGUAUUUUACUUGAAAAAUCCCAGACCUGGAACAUGGGCAAUUACAGUCUAUGGAUCGGGUCCUUAUUCUAUACGUAUUGAAGGAUAUAAAGCAUUUUGCGAAACCUGUAACAGCAAUGCUGCAUGUAAAAAAGAUUUACUCGACUACACCUGUGUCUGUAAUGAAGGCUUCAGUGGAGACGGAUUUUCCUGUUAUGAUAUCGAUGAAUGUAGCUAUUACGGAUAUUAUUCAAACGACAAAUGCAGCUAUUAUGGUUACUGUAUCAACACAUACGGCUCAUACUACUGUAACUGUAACACAGGCUUCACUUGGGAUAAUGCAACUUGUGUUGAUGUGGAUGAGUGUUCUUCACCCUCGUUGAACAACUGCGACCCAGCAGCAACAUGUGUCAACUACUUUGGAUCCUAUUCCUGCUAUUGCCCCGAAGGAUAUUAUGGAAAUGGAUAUAAAUGUGAAGUCGAUGAAUGUACAAGGGAUGUUUGUGGAUUUGGUAGAGAAUGCAUCAAAUUCACCGGGUCCCAUAACUGCACUGAUCCAUGCUUUACCUAUACCACCCUGAAUGACCCCACCAGGAGCACAUCAUAUUAUGAUUACUAUUACUAUUACUACUAUUACUCCUAUUAUGGACGCUCUGACUAUUACCUAAGUGGAUGGUAUCGUUUUGAGGGCAGUGGCGGAUCCCGUUUGGCAAAUUUUUGUCCCUCUGAGGGUAGUUGUUACAUCAGAUACCCCAUGUGGAUGAAUGGAACACAUCCAGUACCCUCAGAUGGAAUUGUGAAUCGUACAAUUUGUACCUCCUAUUCUGGUUAUUGCUGCAGUUUUACAUCAGACAUAAAGAUCAAGGCUUGUCCUGGAGGAUUUUAUGUGUAUAAGUUCAGCACGCCCCCUGUGUACUAUUCUGGAUAUUGCACAGAUCCAGUCACCAUCCCUGGUUCUUGCUCAUGUGCUGACAAUGAAGAAUGUAUAGCAGUUGGCGGACGUUACAGCUGCUACUGCAAAAACCAUAGCAGUCCUUCAGCCUUAGAAAACAUUCGUCCGGUGCUUUCUUGUGGCAAUCAGGAAAUUAAAGCUUCUUUUGAAAAAUGUGAUCUGCAAAAAUUCAACCUGAACAUCCAAAACAUACAUCUAAAAGACAGCUACUGCAAAGGAUUUCCUGAUUUCAACACGACAAACAUCAUAUCUGUAGUAUCUAUCCUAAAGAACGGAGUCUGUGGAAAUGUGCUGGUGAACAACGGCACACAUGUCAUCUAUAAAAACACAAUUUUCCUAUCCAAGGAUACAGGUGCAUCCCUUGGCGGAGAAGAUAUACUUAAAAUUAACUACUCUUGUGUAUAUCUAUUAGACAUACAUGUGUCCCUGGACACAGCUCUCCAGCCCUUUUCCAAUUCAGUCAUUGUGGAUAUAAAUGGCACAGGGACGUUAGAAGCAACUAUGGCUCUGUAUAAAGACUCAAGCUACACGUCUCCCUUUGAGGGAUCUGCAGUUCUACUGACAUCCACAACCAACCUGUUUAUUGGAAUUAUCCUAAAGAUAGCAGAUGUUUCUCAAUAUGCUGUGCUGAUGAAAAAUUGCUAUGCCACACCCUCAGUGAACUCCACAAUAAAAUAUGAGAUCAUUAAGGACAGUUGCCCCAGCAAGCAAGACUCUACCAUUAAUGUGAUGGAAAAUGGAGUGUCUACAAAGGGACGUUUUUCUGUGCAGCUCUUUGGAUACAUAAAGGAUUUGGAUGUUGUGUAUCUGCACUGUGACAUCCAUCUUUGUAAUAGCAACUGCAAACCGCUGAUACAUCACCCAGCACUGGAG